ACGGUGUGCUGCGUUCUGCCUGUUCUAUACAUCGGAGCGUGUGCUUAAUUUGUAUUGCGUGCUGUCCUCUGUGUGCUGCAGUUUUGUUAUGUGUUCAAAACUGGGCUAUUUACUUUACAUAUGUAUGCAGUCUUUGCUUCAAUAUAACUUACAUAUACAAAAACAAAUUGAUGAAAAUCGUCUGGGUUUUAAACUGAGAAUUGGCAUGCUCAUAACUUGUCCUAAGGUAAAAUAAGAUUGGAAGCGACACCAAAGAAAAAACUUAAACAAAUUGGUCCAGGAUUUCUUUCCAUUUAAUCGUGCAAGGAGUUCCACUGGCAUCAUGGGAGUAAUUCAAGGAUUUAAAAGCACAGAUCUGAUUGGUCGAAUAGUGUUCAUAUUAUUACUGGUGGCCGAGUUGUUUAACUGGCUUAGCAUGUGCAUGAGUGACUGGGGUUUGUAUGACACCAUUAUUGCCAACGACAAGAACAAGGCAGGUUUCGGGGUUUGGAGAAAGUGCGGGAACCAGGAACCGGAUGCAAACUGCGAAGAAAUCGAUGGAUGGAGGUUACCUUGGUACGGAGCUUUCCAGGCGUUUGCUAUCAUUGCCUUCCUCGCAACCAAUCUGUCUCUCUGUUUGAUGAUUCUACUGAUGUACAUCCCACAAUGCUCCAGGAAUAAGGAUAUUGUCGUCUGCUGUACUGCGUCAUGUUUUGUCACAGCUGUUUUUUAUUUGGUUGCCAUCAUCAUCUUCGGCGUCAGGUUCGACUCGACAUUCGACUAUGGCUACGACCAGCAAAUCCUGCAGACCGGAUUCUACUUUGCCAUUGUAGUUGUCGUCCUUUCAUUGGUUUCCGGUGUCAGCCUCGCUGUCAGCUUAGCCAAGGGAAGACAAGUAGGGCCCUCUGGCGGAGCGACGAGUGAUGACUCCACGCAGCGCCACCAGCGCGUUCAGCAGCAGGAAAUGGAAGAGCAACAGAUUGAGAAGAAAGUUUGGCGCCAGCAGAAGGCAUAAUUAAAUGUCCACGUGAUUUUAAGUUGAUUUUUAAAAUUAAUUGGUCAGACUAUGACUUCUGGAUAUUUCAACAAAAGUUCUUAUUUAUGUCCAUUUAACCUACAAGCAUCUAUGUAAACUUGUUAUUGUACUGUACUGUAAAUUUAAAUUGUCUACUAUUGUUUAAAGUAGCCUCUAGAAUACUCUAUAUAGAUAGCUAUUUGCACAAUACAUUUUUAAAAAAUA